AGUGGAGAGAAGAGGGAGGUGAGUGGAGUGAGGCAGGCAAAAGCCAAAUAUUCGUGUGGUUUACCGCCCGUCUCUCCAUUUUCUGCCUACGAGUUUCUCGGCUUUCGCGCACCCUUUCGAUCUCCCCCAGUUUCAACAUAAUCACCCCCCAACAGCUUUUCGAUUCCUUUCUUUCUUUCUUAUUUUUUUGUGUUUUUAUUUUUAUUUUUUGAUUCGAGCCCUAGAUCUUUUCAUGAUAACUCAGGCGAGAUGCCCGAUCUGCGGUCGCUCUCAGGGUCCCUCAUAAUUUCGAAUUCAGUGCAUUGAAGGAUAUCGGAUCCGAUCCGAUCUCGUCAACCAGCUUCGUCUCAUCAAUUCCUAGACGAUAAGGCUCUCUGUUUUCUGAUCCUCGGCAGUUUUGGCAUUUGCCCAGGCAACCCUAUACACGGGCCACGGCUGCUGCUAUUUGCAUCAAAGAGGAGUUGUCGACGCAUUGAAUUGAAUCGAGCCGUUACUAUUUCUUCUGGCAGCUUCUGGUCCUUUUUUGCGUGCGUGUAAGCGUAUUGUUAUCUCCAUCAUCAUCGCUAUUCUUUUUAUUCGUUGAUUGUCGUAAUUACCCGAGCUUGGUCAAACGACUACGAGAUUUGGGGCUUGAAGUCCAACCGGUUUACGCCGGAGAUGGAUUUGGAAUUGAUGGAGUCUUGGUGUGUUUGGGGAAGAAUUGUUACCUUUUUAUGAAUUCUGAUCAUCAUCCGCUGCGUGAAGUCGGCUCCUUUAACUGUCUUUGCGCCGAUGGUUCCUUCACUUCUUCGGUUUUCGACGACUCUCAGUGCAAUCUAUUAGACGACGUGGUUUCGGUCGAAGACGAUCAGCCACCCCUUGAGGGUUAUUGCACCUGUUCUCUUCCGCAUUUCGAGUUCGCGGAGCCUCCGGAUUUCGAGCAGUUUCCAUUGGAAUGCCCCAGACAGGGUAGGAGGAGACGCCUGGUGUCUUGGGGUGCAAUGGAGCUGCAUAAUAAUCACAUCAGUAAUAAUAGCUACAAUCCCAAUUCGGUAUCGUUUGAAAUCUCUGGUAAUAAGUCUCAGAGGAGCCGACGCCACAAGAGCGUGCAGUUUGAGGAUACUUUCUUGUUGCGUGAAGAGAAUCCGAGGUUAAUCUAUAUAAAUGAUCCGAGGAGUACCAAUGACAAGUAUGAGUUCUCAGGGAAUGAGAUUCGAACGAGCAAGUACACAAUCAUAACUUUUUUGCCCAAGAAUCUGUUCAUUCAAUUCCAUCGCCUCGCCUAUUUGUAUUUCCUGGCCAUUGCUGCUCUCAACCAGCUGCCACCUUUGGCGGUGUUUGGAAGAACGGUGUCGCUUUUUCCUCUUCUCUUUGUUCUCUGUGUGACAGCCAUCAAAGAUGGGUAUGAGGAUUGGAGAAGACACAGAUCAGACAGGAAUGAGAACAACCGGGAAGCUCUGGUAGAGCAGUCUGGUGGAUUCCGAUUGAAGAAAUGGAAGAAGAUACAGGCUGGCGAGGUUUUGAAAAUCCGUGCUGACGAGACCAUUCCGUGUGACAUGGUUUUGUUAGGGACGAGUGAUCCUAGUGGACUUGCCUACAUCCAGACUAUGAAUUUGGACGGUGAGUCGAACUUGAAGACAAGGUAUGCUCGGCAGGAAACAGCUUUGGCAGUAUCUGAAGAGUGUACAAUUUCAGGGCUCGUCAGAUGCGAGCAGCCAAAUAGGAACAUAUACGAGUUCACCGCCAACAUGGACUUCAAAGGGCAGAAGUUUUCCCUCAGCCAAUCAAAUAUAGUUCUGCGUGGUUGUCAGUUGAAGAACACAGAGUGGAUAAUAGGUGUUGUGGUGUAUGCCGGACAGGAAACGAAAGCAAUGUUGAACAGUGCAGCCUCCCCUUCCAAGAGAAGCAAAUUGGAAAGUUACAUGAACAGGGAAACCCUUUGGUUGUCUAUUUUUCUCUUUGUAAUGUGUCUGGUCGUGGCCCUUGGAAUGGGCCUAUGGCUCCUACGCCACAAGGAAGAGCUUGAUACCUUGCCUUAUUACAGAAAGCGAUACUUCACACAUGGGAGGGAUGAUGGGAAGAGAAACAAAUACUAUGGGAUACCUAUGGAGACCUUUUUCUCCUUUUUGAGUUCUAUUAUAGUGUUUCAGAUUAUGAUUCCGAUAUCUCUUUAUAUUACAAUGGAGCUGGUGCGUUUGGGCCAGUCAUACUUCAUGAUUGAGGACAAGGAUAUGUAUGACAGUAGUUCUGACUCAAGGUUCCAGUGCAGGUCAUUGAAUAUAAAUGAGGAUUUGGGUCAAAUACGCUAUGUUUUUUCAGACAAAACCGGGACGCUCACUGAAAACAAAAUGGAAUUCCAAAGAGCAAGUGUAUGUGGGAAAAAUUAUGGGGGAUCCUUGCUUAUGGGGGAUCCACUGCAAGAAAAGAACAUUGCUGUAACAGAGAGGAGAUGGAAACUUAAAUCUGAAGUUUCUGUUGAUUCUGCACUCAUGGCAUUGUUGCACAAAGAUGUAGUUGGAGAUGAAAGGAUUGCUGCACAUGAGUUUUUCCUCACGUUGGCUGCAUGUAAUACUGUGAUUCCUAUCAUUACCCAUGGUACAUCUUCUAGUUGCAUAAAUGGUGAAUUUCAUGAAGAUGUAGAAGCUAUUGAUUAUCAGGGGGAAUCUCCCGAUGAGCAAGCACUAGUUUCUGCAGCCUCUGCUUAUGGAUAUACCCUUUUUGAGCGCACAUCUGGACAUAUUGUGGUUGAUGUCAAUGGUGAGAAACUAAGGUUGGAUGUACUGGGGCUCCAUGAAUUUGACAGUGUACGCAAAAGAAUGUCUGUUGUUAUCAGAUUUCCUAAUGGUGCAGUAAAGGUGUUGGUGAAAGGGGCUGAUACUUCCAUGUUUAGCAUUUUAGCUAAUGGCACCGAGAUGGGUGAUCAUGUAACAAAUGCCACUCAAAGCCAUCUGAGUGAAUAUUCAUCGCAAGGUUUACGCACACUUGUAGUGGCUGCCAGGGACCUUACAGAAACAGAGCUCGAGACUUGGCAAUGCAGGUAUGAGGAUGCUAGCACUUCAUUGACUGACAGAGUGGUGAAACUACGUCAAACAGCAGCUCUUAUAGAAAGCAACCUAAAACUUCUUGGGGCUACUGCAAUUGAGGACAAGCUACAAGAUGGUGUUCCGGAAGCCAUUGAGGCUCUCCGGCAAGCUGGAAUCAAGGUCUGGGUUCUGACAGGAGAUAAGCAAGAAACAGCAAUUUCAAUUGGUCUUUCUUGCAAACUCCUGACCUCAGAUAUGCAGCAAAUUAUUAUAAAUGGCAAUUCUGAGGAUGAGUGCAGAAAUCUUUUGGCUGAUGCUAAGUCCAAAUACGGUGUGAAAUCAUGGAAUGGAAGAAAUCAGAAUUUGAAAUGUAACAAGAAUGCUGAAACAGGGAAUCUUAAGGUACCAGUCAAUACAAAAUCAUCCAAUGUGCCACAAUGGUAUGCAGGGAAGGAAGAUGGAUUCCCAAGCGUGCCACUAGCACUCAUAAUUGAUGGAAACAGUUUGGUUUAUAUCUUGGAAAAGGAUCUGGAAUCUGAGCUUUUCGACCUUGCUACUUCAUGUAGGGUUGUGCUAUGCUGUCGUGUUGCACCCUUGCAAAAAGCUGGAAUAGUUGAUAUGAUCAAGAGUUGCACCGAUGAUAUGACAUUGGCUAUCGGUGAUGGGGCCAAUGAUGUUUCAAUGAUCCAAAUGGCGGAUGUUGGUGUUGGAAUAUGUGGUCAGGAAGGCCGUCAAGCAGUGAUGGCUUCAGAUUUUGCUAUGGGACAGUUUCGGUUUUUGAAGAGAUUACUUUUAGUGCAUGGACACUGGAAUUAUCAGCGUGUUGGUUACUUGGUUCUGUACAACUUUUACCGUAAUGCUGUCUUUGUAUUGAUGCUAUUCUGGUAUAUACUAUGUACAGCUUUUUCAACAACUUCUGCAUUAACAGAUUGGAGCAGCGUAUUUUAUUCGGUUAUUUACACUUCUAUUCCUACUAUUGUUGUUGGCAUUCUGGACAAAGAUUUAAGCCAUAAGACACUACUACGGUAUCCAAAACUCUAUGGUGCUGGGCAUAGACAGGAAGCUUACAAUUUGCGUCUCUUUUGGAUCACAAUGGUUGACACACUGUGGCAGAGUCUUGUUCUAUUCUACAUACCCUUGUUCACCUAUAAGGAAAGCUCAAUUGACAUAUGGAGCAUGGGGAGUUUGUGGACCAUUGCAGUUGUUGUUCUUGUGAAUAUACACUUGGCAAUGGACAUUCGUCGCUGGGAAGUGUUUACUCAUGCUGCAGUAUGGGGAUCAAUAAUCAUCACAUAUGCCUGUAUGGUGGUAUUGGAUUCUAUACCAGUCUUUCCCAAUUACUGGACAAUUUACCAUCUGGCAAAGUCACCCUCGUAUUGGCUCACCAUUUUGCUUAUCAUAGUUAUCGCAAUCCUCCCUCGCUUUCUUUUCAAAGUUGUACAUCAGAUUUUUUGGCCUUCAGAUAUCCAGAUAGCUAGAGAAGCUGAGAUCCUAAAACGACAUAAUUAUUUGGGGUUAAAGCAAGAUUGCAGUUCCAGUUAAACGCUUUGAACCUCAAACGGACGAGGCUCAUUUUGGAGGGCUUCCAUUUGGGGUGAUCCAUAAAAUGGCUCUCUAGCAGAGAUUGGUUGUAAAAUUUAACGAUAAUGUGUUUAACUUUUCUGAUGUUUUCCCCAUAGUCCAUGCAAUUGCUUAUGGUUGUAAAAUCCCAACUGAACCAUUUUCCUGGGGCAUAACUAGUUCUAAUAGUAAUUAAUAAUAGUAUAAAAGAAUUUAGAUGACAUUGAUUUAUCUUCUCUGCAAAGACUAUCGAGUUGGGCUUGUAGCAGAAUCUUGGUUGGUUUUGGUGACAGAAGAGUACAAUGGAUGAGUUCAUAUCUAUUGCUGGCCCCGAUGGGUUGCAGAACCAACCGCAGGCAUGGAAAACGGGCGAUCGGAGUUGGGCAACGAGCGGAUUAACCAGUAGAGGAUAGAAAGCCAGAUUUGAAGCCAAGAAGAGUCUGUUGGUGGUUGAAGACUUAGAAGAUGCCGGUCAGGGAGGAAAAAUAUGUUGUAAAAGUAGGCGAAAGAGGCCCCUUCAAGAUGGACCUUAAGCAAUAUGGUUGGCUUAUACAGGAGCCAGAUGUUGGCGGUAAUAAAAUAGCAGGGUGGUGAUUCAAAGUGUAUCAUGAUGUUAAGGGUCCUAUAAAAAACAGGGAUUUUUGUUUUUUUAAAUGACCAAAACAAAACAGGCGGGGGACAUUAUUGUUGUUGUUGUGUAUAAAGAUCAAGAUUGACUUCUUUAACUGCUUUAGAAUGAAUGAGAAAGUGUGCAAGAAGUGUGGUGUGGCCUU